AGUGCCCUGCCCCAGCCUGCAGGAAGUCCUCUUCAGCUCAAAGACAACUCUGAGGCAAAGGAUAAACUGCUACACAGUGCAUAAUAAUAACAUACAUAAAACAACAUGACCAAUAACAUUGAAUUCUCAAAACUGUCUGUAUAUGUUUAUCUUUCAGUUACCUCAAGAGGAUAGUUCAGACAGACCAGGAGUAAUUGGAUGGAUAUCUCAGGGAAUUGUGAAGGUCGUGCCCCAGCCAGAAGCCAAAUACACCCAAAAUAUUGACGAACCUGAUGAAACAACAGAGAUUUCAGAGGUCGAUGAAGCGGAGUGUAAGGCAGAGACAUGUAUUCACAAUAUUGAUGAACUUCCAGACGCAGAGCCGCUACCCCAUAUUCCAGUGGUGGAGAUGGUAUCAGAGGAUGAAGCAUCUGCAGAAGAGCCUUCUGCUCAGUUCCAACCAAAAGUGGUGGAGUGGAUAAAGACUGGUUUCCAGAAUGCUCUGCCUCACCAUGUUCCUCGACCACCUGAUUAUCCAGACAACAGCUCACAGAGAUCAUCCCGCUCCUCAAAUAAAGUAUUGUCACCUCCUCCUGAAUCAGUAACCAGUCUGACAGAGGUUGAUACAAAUGUCAGUGUAAUGGGAUGGAUUGUCCAUGGCCUAGGCCUGGCCCUACCACAGCCUGUAUUAAGAAGCAAAGAGGAUCAUGGGAAAGUUCCAGAAGUUAUACAAAAUGGGGGGAGGCCACUGAGAGCCCCUUAAACAAAAGGAGGAGGAGAAGGCUGAGGAAGAGUCUGGCACUGUUUCACAGUUCAGAGAGACACCUAACCAGACAGACAGAUUUACAUACCACACACUCUGGCUUUAUGUUUAACCAUCAUAUCUGAAUUUCCAGUCAAAGUUUGGGUCCACCUGAAUAUAUAUUUUAAAUGACAUAUUUAUUUAUCUGCAAUGCGCUUCUGUUGAAAACAUGCAGUAAUAGGUCCAGUUAUUGUGUACAUUUAAUCAAGUUGAAAUAAAGUCAUUCUGGUAAUUAUUUUGAGGAAUGAAAACUCUCACUCAAGUCUGAUUAGCCCUUACUGAGUUAGCUACUUUUAUUAGUGCUACAUCACAGCUACCAACAGAGAAAUUAAGAUAAAAUAUAGAAGUAAAUUUUAGCUAUGCACACAUCUAGUACUUAGCUGUUAUUGAGUUAGCAUUUAGUUUGGGGAAAAAACAUAUGUUCAGGGUAUGGUCUUCAUGGCAAAAUGCUGAGAAAUAUAUGACUGACAUUAUUGCUAAUAAAAGAGAACAACUGUUUUUAUAACACAUGACCUGCUGUCUCCAGGUUUUUAUAUAAACACAGAGCAUUUAUGGCAUUUGGCAGAUGCUCUUAUUAAAUCGUAUAUAUCUUGUGUAUGUUAAAGGAUGAGAGGGCGGACCUAAGGGCAAGUAACCUUUAUUAAAAACAAACUCAUACUCUAAACAAAACAGAAAAUGAGCACUAAACAAGAGAAACAAAGUAACUAGACAUGAACAAUCUGACAAAAAACAUUAAACAAACAUAAAUUAACCGGGAACAGAGAACAAACUAAAAAAAGCCAUGAACUGCCAUGAAACGCACAAGACCAAAAAAGGAAGACUAAAACAAAAGGGCUAUAUAAACAGAAACACAGUCAAGUAACACCUGGGGAAAAUAAUGAGGGUGCUGGGUUACAAACAAGACAUAGGUGGGAACACUAACGAUAAGGCAGGGCUAGGGUGGAGACAAGACAGAAACAAAACAGUCAUGUGCCACAGAUAACAUAGAUGUCGCUAUGUUAAAAUCUAAUGUCUAAUUUCAGCCAGUCAGGUGUGCUAUUGGUAGAAUGGGUUAAAUAGGAAUAUAUGAAGGCAGAUAUUUCAUCGUUUUUCAUUUCUUCACUAUUUUAUCUUAAAAAAUCUGGAAACCCCCAUCUAUUAGGAUGCGUACCCCAUUUUUUGACUGGUACUGGAAAACACAUUUCAAGGAAUAGAAGGAUGCUUUACAAAAGUACAUAUGUACAAAUAUUUCUGGCCUACUUAAUUAAACCAGAAGCUCUCAGUUUUACAUUUAUACACUGAGACACACUUCACUGAUUAAUUUAAUCCAGUACGUUCUUGUACAUUAAAAAAAUAUAUAUUAGAACCUACGCUGAAUACAAAUGCUGUUUCAGUGAAGGUGCAGCUCAACUGAACAAUCUGGCAGCUAGGAGUUCACAUUGUAAGGCUUAAUCUUAAAUAUUUUUAUUUAUAUGUAUAUAAUAUAUAUGUUUAUGAUAUGAUAUUUUACAGUAGUUGUGUUUGCAUAUGUAUAUACUGUACAUACACAUUUUUACAAUUGUGUGUAAUUCAAUUAAAAGUAUAAAUUAUUGUAUGUAUAUGCAAUUCAUGCAUGAUAAAUGAGCUGUUGUUUAUGUAGUUGUAUGUACAAUGUAUGUUCUCUGACCAUAAAAAAUUAAAUGCAGGUUCAAUUAAUGUAUUUAAUACAGAAACAUUUGCUCAUAUAAGAAUAAAAAAGGAUGUUCACAAGCAGAACUAGUCAAGGCUGUCAAGCAAUGCUGUCAAGCAGUGAUGAAUGUAUCUGUUGUACUGAUACGGGUUAUACUUUCAAAUAAAGGGAAAUAUUUUGGCUGAA